ACUGGAUUUGAUGGAAUACAACAGUGCCUCGUGGACCUGUUGAUCGAAAAACGCUUCUUCUACCCACGCUUCCACUUCCUCUCAGAUGCUGAGAUACUCACGAUCAUUUCGGAGAACUUGGAUCCCUUGCUAAUGCAACCUCACAUUCCUAAAUGCUUCGAAGGUAUUGCCCGACUCACUUUUGUUAGAUUGGCCCAGCAAAGCUGGGCAGGAGAUGCUUCCGACAUCCAACUUCAUAAAAAGAAUAUUGAAAAGGUCGUCAACAAAUGCACCGAGGCACUGUUCAACGAUGCUGGGGAUUCAAAGGGUGAAAAUCUUGCUCAUUACAUUCUAAAAGCUGAUUCGCAUAACGACCCUUGCGUCAAGUUGUCUGGUUCUAAUUACAAUUCAGACCACGGUAUGCAGCCGGAAUAUAGAAAUCUGGACAAGGGCAAGCUGGUAGUGGUUGGAAUGGAAGCAUCAAGUGGCGAAAAGGUUGCUUUUAUAGUCCCAAUUGUGCCAGAACGAAGUAUGGGCUUAGUAGAAGUCUGGCUGGGACAGCUGGAGAAGGCAAUGCAUGCUGCAAUGUUUCACACCAUCCGUGAAGCUAUCCUUGCUUUUCCUGCUACUGAAGCCCAAAUUAUUUCCGGUUCAGAUGGCAUUUCGAUGAAGCAAACAACUUUUUCGCUUCAACCUGAACAGGCAAAAGCGAGUCCUCCUCGUAUUAGUGUCAAGCUCUUGGACGAUUGGCUAGUUCGUUUCCCGGGGCAGGCGGUGUGUGUCAGCUUUCAGAUUUACUGGACACGUCAAAUAUCCUUCGCAUUAAACACAUUUUCUUUAUUCGAUUAUCAAACAUCACUUCCUUCGUCUACAUCGCCGACGGGCCAUCCGUUAGUUCUCGCAAUGCCGCAAAGAUUUUUACUUUGCUCUGACCUGUACCAGCAGACUCGGUCGAGCCCUCUUGCAGAAUCAAAAACAUCUAGUCCAUACUUUUCGACCUACAUUGAGGAGGUCACUGAGUGGAUAAGUACUGCGGGUGACUUGGUGCGCCGAGUUCUGGACAACUCCAAGCGACAUGCCGCUGAAAAUUUGAUCAUAUUGGCCAUACAUGGUCAGUGA